AGAGUGAUUCAGGCUAUUAGGCUCCACAUUCUACUCAUCAGCUAGCAUGAAUGAGUCGCUAGGGACAUUCCAGCUCUCCUGCAACACAAGCCCCAGCCUGGUGCCUGACCUUUACAUCAGUGUCACCAAGCAGGAGCCUUACCACAUCGCCAUCCCUAUGACUGUGUUCUAUGCUAUCCUCUUUGUCUUCGGGGUUCUAUUCAAUGGCAUCAGCAUCCUGACACUCCUCACGGACGUCCGCAUGAAGGCCAGUGCCAUCCAGCUAUACCUCCUCAGCCUGGUUCUGUCUGAUGUCCUCCAGCUCCUGACCAUCCCCAUCACUGUGUACCGUUACUAUUGGGAGAGCUACCCAUGGAGGCUGGGUGAGCCCUUGUGCAAGGCUUACUUCAUGGUGCGCCAAAUGUACUGUGCCACCACCAGCUGGGUCAUCCUGGCAUUCACAGGUGAGCGCUACAUGGCCAUCUGCCACACAAUGCGCUCCCUAUCCAGCCUCCAGAGGUCUCGACUGCCCUGCCUGUUGGCCUGGAUCUGGCUGCUGUCACUGGGCUCGUCUGUGCCCUUUGCUCUCGUCUACAGGCAUGCACGGGCAUGCAUCCUGGACUAUGGGGCUACAUCACCCGACAAGGCCUUUGUAGUAUCUACCAUGUGCGAGAUGACAGAAGAGGAGCCGUCCCCCGUCUACAAGGGCGCUCUGCUACUUCGAGGCAUCCUGUGCUUUCUAGUGCCCCUCAUGUGCAUCUUCACCCUCUACAUCCUCAUCAUUGCUCACUUCAGAUACAACAGUCGCCAACGCACAGCCAUGGGCAUCACCAGGGCGGUCGCCAGUGGUGAUGGCAGAACCACACAGUGCCUCCAGAAUGGCAAGCUGCUGCUCCAGGAGAAGCGGGCACUGCGGCUCAUGGGUGCAGUGGUGGUGGCUUUCUUCAUGUUUAACUUCCCUGACAUCGCCUCAUCACUCAUGCAGGUGUAUGUGAGCUCGUGGUCAGGCCUGCUGGACAACUAUUGGCCCAUUCAGGCCCCCAUGGCUGCGGUUCUGCAGACAUAGGAGCACAACGUCGGUGACGAGCAUGGUUAGCCAGACCUCUGCAGGAGCACUCAGCAUGUCAGCCUGAGGGCCUCUCUCUGUUAUAAAAGGAGAAACAUUUCCCUGAAAUCACUAUAUACUGACUACCGUAAAAUUGGCAAUUUGUUUCAGAUAUUGUAAAUUGUGUUCAUGUUGUGCUACCAGGUUGCUUUAGGUGUCUUUCGUUGCUUCAGAAGUAUUUCUGUUAGUGAAUUCAAAUGGAAAUAGCUUCAUUCCCUUUAUCAUCUUUGUCUAAAGGAUAUUCUGCAUUGGGGAGAUGAUUAUUGGUCACAUUUGCAAAGACAGUUUACAGAUCAAUAUAAAUAUAUCCCCAUUGAAGACAUUGAAGUUUUCUGUUUUCAAGAUGCAGGCAGCAUUGUCUCUCUCUUUUAAUAUUUGAUUGCUGCUUCUGCUGCUGUUGUUGUUAUGAUGUUGUUUUUGUUGUAAUGAACAAAAAUGUAUACCCAUGAUUUUUUGUUCAGUUAUAGUGAAAUAUUACAAAGAACAUUAUUAGU